AUGGGUAACGCGCCUUCAUUCAUCAAGGAAAGCUCCUAUGUACUUGACCCGGAUGGAGAGGUGACCAUAAUACUACGGAACCCAAACGCGCCAUUUGCGGUUUCAAAGUCACAAGAAUCGAGCGAAUCGGAGUCAGAAGAUACCGACAGCGAAACUGAGAGCAAUCAUGAACAAAUGGACACCGAUGAGGCCGAAGGAGGCGGUAUCGAAAGUAAGGGCCAUGUCGACGCCUCCAGCGACAACCCCAGCCAGAACAACAACGACAAAAAGAACGAAGAGGAAGGCAGCACUCUUCAGGAAAACGGGGCGGUGGAGAUCCCGAUCGAGGGUUGGGACACAGAAGCGUUCUUGAUUUUGAUGAACAUCUUCCAUUGUCGACACUCUGCCUUGCCGCGCACUCCAAUAAUCGAGAUGAUGGCAAAAGUCGGUGUUCUGACCGACUACUAUGAUUGUCUUUCAUCCGUACAAAUUUUCGCCGAUAGGUUUGCGCCGGAAAUUGGUGCACUACGAUCGGCCGAUGGCAUCCGUGACUGGGUGCUCCGACUUUGGAUCGCCUGGGUCUUUCGUCAGGACCGUAUCUGGAAGGACAUCUUUUUGAAGGCUAGUGAGUGGUUUCCAGUGCCUAUUCAGACAUAUGGCCUCCCAUUUCCUGGUCAUAUAUUAGUGGCGGACCCGACCACCCACCGGCGAAAGGCGGUGGGUGGUCGGGUCCGCCACUAA